AUGUCAAAUUGUGUGCAUGUAAAAGAAGCUGUUUUGAUCACCCCUGCAGAGCCUACCCCAGUUCAUAAUCUUCAACUCUCUGCUCUAGAUUCUCAACUUUUUGUACGUUUUACGGUUGAGUAUUUGCUGGUGUAUAAACCCUGUUAUGGCUUGGAUAAAUUUGCAAUUGUAGAGAACGUAAAAGCCGGGUUGAGCCGGGUUUUGGUUCCUUACUAUCCAUUAGCUGGGAGAGUGAGAACUCGGGCCGAUGGGCUUGGCCUGGAGGUGGUUUGUCGAGCACAAGGUGCUUUUUUUCUUGAAGCAGUUUCUAAUUCUACUGUUUCUGAGUUGGAGAAAUGCCCAAGAAAUUGUGAGCAGUGGAGAAAGUUCUUGUCUUUGUACGUGACGGACGUACUCAAGGGUUCGCCGCCGUUGGUGGUGCAACUGACAUGGCUAUCAGACGGUGGUGCUACCUUAGCUCUUGGUUUUAACCACUGUUUGUGUGACGGCAUAGGCAGUGGCGACUUUCUGAACUCGUUUGCCGAGUUAGUUGCUGGCAGACGUGAAAUUGGUCAGUUAAAGCCUAAACCGGUGUGGAGCCGUCAUCUCUUGUGCCCUACCGUAUUCGGGACAGCUCAGAGUAACAAACCCAGUCACCCCGAGUUCGGAAGUGUCCCCGACCUUUGUGGGUUUGCUUCACGGUACAUUCAUGAAAAGCUCGUGCCCACUUCUAUCACAUUCGACAAAAGAAACUUAAACGAGUUAAAGAAAUUGGUGGCACUCACGAGUGAAAUAAUCAAUGAUGAACCAUGCACGUCGUUUGAAGUUCUCUCGGCUCACGUAUGGAGAAGUUGGGCUAGAGCCUUGAAUUUACCAUCGAACCAAAUUUUAAAACUCGUUUUCAGUGUAAAUAUUCGAAAACGAGUCAAGCCGAGUCUGCCGAUCGGUUACUACGGCAAUGCAUUUGUUUUAGGCUGUGCCCAAACGUGUGCUAGAGAUUUGACAGAAGGUGGUUUAGGAUAUGCAACUGAGUUGGUGAAGAGAGCAAAAGAAAGAGUGGACGACGAGUACGUGAGAGAAGUAGUGGAAUCAGUGAGUUCGACCCGGGCGAGUGUCGACUCAGUGGGUGUGAUGAUCUUGACACAAUGGUCAAGGCUGGGGCUAGACAGUGUUGACUUUGGAAUGGGGAGGCCUGUUCAGGUGGGACCUGUGUGCUGUGACAAAUACUGCAUCUUAUUGCCUGAUGCUGAUCGAACGGAUGCUGUAAAAGUAAACGUGGCAAUCCCUAUAAGUUGCGUUGACCAGUACUUGCACUAUCUUCGGAGCACCUGCACCUCCUGA